UCCACAUUUCUAGGCAGAGUACCAACCCUACUUCGACAAGAUGUCAACUCUCGCGGAUGAGCUGUUGCAAGAUUUUGAAGACUCCGGAUCUGAAGGCGAAGAUCAGCAAAAUGGAGGACUAUUCCCCGACGACGAAGACGCGAAACUUGGGCUCAAUAACGGGCACGCGACGGACGGCGCAAAUGGUAGCAGCAUGGAGCUAGAUGGCGACGAAGAAGCUGUCGACGAGGAUGAGGAGAUGGGUGGGAUCAAUGACUCUGGUGUCGAUGUCGAAGAUGAGGAGGAGACGAAGGCCAAAGUCGAAAAGAUGGAACUGAAAGGCGUCAACGAUGUGAGGAGCGUGGCGCGUCUUAUGAAGACCUUGGAGCCCGUUUUAGAGAAAAUCGCACAUUUCCAAUCCCUCCCUCAAGAGCAGCAGGGUACGUUUGUUGGUUCUGUCGAAGACAACCCCGAGUACCAUCUCUUGACGCAGUCAAAUACCCUAUCAACAUCCAUCGAUACAGAGAUCAUGAUUGUCCACAAGUUCAUUCGGGAUCACUAUUCAAUUCGGUUCCCCGAAUUGGAGACUUUGGUUACAAACCCUCUCGACUAUGCCAAGGUCGUCACUAUUAUUGGAAAUGGUCCUAUGGAUAGCGACAACAUCAAGGCCUUGCAGACCUCGAAGGACAAUACCUUGAAUGCGACUCUCAGAUCCGUUCUGGAUGGACCAUCCGUCAUGAUUGUCACCGUCGAGGCAACAACUACAAAGGGUCGAGAAAUGACACAGGAGGAGCUCAACACGGUGAUGCGUGCCUGCGAAAUGAUGCUUGCGUUGGAUAAGGCAAAAAGGACGAUGACAGACUAUGUUCAGUCACGCAUGAACUUGUUUGCUCCAAACUUGACUGCUCUCAUUGGAUCACUCACAGCAGCACAACUCCUGAACUUUGCAGGAGGUCUGACUGGUCUAGCAAAGACCCCAGCUUGCAACCUACCUCCUCUUGGAUCGAAGAAACAAUCUGGCACUGGAUUCGCAACCAAUGUUGGUGUUAGACAACAAGGGUUCUUGUAUCACUCUCCGAUCAUUCGAGGCAUUCCCAACGACCUCAAGCGCCAAGCUAUGCGCAUUGUCUCUGCAAAAGUUGUCCUGGCUGCACGCGUUGACCGAGUUCACAACAGUCCCGACGGAUCUACGGGAGAAGAGCUCAAAGCCGCUUGUCUCGAGCGCCUUGAAAAGCUCACAGAGCCGCCACCGAACAAGGGUCAGCGCGCCCUUCCGGCACCGGACGACAAACCGGCCCGUAAGCGUGGAGGGCGACGGGCCCGAAAAGCAAAAGAAGCCACCGCCAUGACCGAUCUUCGAAAAGCCCAAAACAGGAUGGCGUUCGGCAAGGAAGAAAAAGAGGUCGGCUACGGUACUGGAGAAGGCACGAAAGGUCUUGGUAUGAUUGGUCAAGCAAACGAUGGGCGUAUCCGAAAUCUGCAAAUCGAUCAACGUACAAAAGCAAAACUUAGUGCCAAGAACAAGGGUUGGGGAGGAGCAACGCCCGUUGGCGGGUCAGCGUCUUCUCUGAGGGGCUUUGGUCAAGGUGCUGGCUCGGGCAUCGAUCUUAGAGGGAAGGGGCUGCGUUCUUCAGGUGUGGGAACGACGAUUGGCGCGGGAGCUGGUACCGCGUCUUCGUUGGCGUUUACGCCUGUACAGGGGCUAGAGCUCGUUGAUCCAAAGAUGCAAGCUGAGAUGAGUCGGAAGAGAAAGGCAGAGGAGGAUAGGUGGUUUAAGGGCGGUACUUUCACGCAGGUUGGUGGGAGUGGAAGCAUGGGACCUCCACCACCCCCAAAUAAGAAGGUUGAUACCGGUCUGAACAAAAGCAUGGGACCCCCACCGAUUCCGAGGAAGUAAGGUUGGGGGACUUGGGGUGAGACAAUUAUGGAGUUCAGGGCAUAGGGCGGCGUUACGGUGUAUAGUAUGUAUAUGGACUUGGCUCGAGUUGAGCGUGGAUUUAUCAAGACUCCAUCACGGCGAUACUUGAUUGGCAGAAGGAUUGCUGAACUUUUCAGAUACUAGCGAUGUCUAACAAAGGAUAGCAUAACAUUGCUGUCCAGAAUGAAAAACAUUCUCUUGAUUUUCCGAAAAUGGAAUUGUGCAGAACAUUGCUCCAUACUACCGGCAGGCAACAGCAGCUCCAUAGAUGAGCCGGUCAAUUAACCCUCUUCAAAUUGAAGUCCAGAGUCCAGACACCGAGAUCUGUUAAUUGU